UCCAGUGGUAUUUGGAGAAAUCAUUUGAAUGUCCGAGACCGAAUAACAAAUUGCAAUAGCAGCCAGUCGAAGAAAAACAAAAACAAAACAAAAAAACAUAUACACGAAAGAAGGAUACCGAAAAUCAUCAAAAUUAAAUAUAAUAAAUUUCAUUUCCCAGCAUUAUUCCCGCGAGAUGAGGUGAAUAAGAUGCAGCUGUGGGCAAUAAAGCGAAACGAUACCAGAAAAACAGAGUCUUACGGUAUGGACGACAAAAUUUGCAGGCAAGCACGAGUAAUCAAAGCAACAAAAACGAAACAAAAAAGGCAAGAAAUGCCACCACCACAAGGCAAACAGUCAGCAAAAACAGCGAAAAUGAAUGUCAGUUUGACGACAGCAAACUACACAGCCCAAAGGACGAUAACAACUCCAGCUGUUGGUAAAAAUAAAACAAAGCUUGCGAUAAGCCAACCGAAUAUACAAAUGGAACCUACCCAUGUUGAAAAAUGGUUGGCAAGUCGACCCGCAUGCGACACAUGUCCCACCACAGUUACCAGCAGCUCCAACAUUGCUACCACACACACCGUCUUCCAUUCACACUCGGCUAAGCGCCGAAUGCCAUGGAUAUUUCUGCUAUUUGCUGCAAUAAUAUUACACAUUUGCCAUAGCAGCGUAAUGGCUCACGAGACGAAACGCUUGGGCGAGCAAACUAAAUCACAUAAGAGAGCGAUGCGAGCGGAGAAAUUUAGUCAACUGUUAUCCACCGACGGACAAUGGGCGGCGAGUGAUGACAAAAAUAGUUUCCGGCCGAUUAUCCCCAAGGAUAUUAGUCCGGAAUAUAUUGCACAGAAUGUAUUUACCAAAACAGGUCAGUAUCGCGUUUUCGAGCCGCCGGCAAGCGACCUACGCAUCGCCGUGACAAUGGAGCACAAAGGAAAGGAAAAUGGUGCAAAUGCUGUUCACCACAACAAUACUGAGCUGGUAAAUGCUAAGCAAAAAAUUUCAACUGCAAAGGCACUGACCAAACGACCAACAGUGGCACAACGAGCUGAAGUCACAAAGGCAAUAACUCAGGGCGAUGCCACACAAACAAAAGCGGAGGAAUCAACGGCCAGCAUACGCGGACAAACAUUGCAUAAAAUGAAACUACCAGGUGAGAGGAUAGAAAAAGCUACCAAAAUGCCAACACUAACCAAUGAUAUGGAAUCCGAAGCAGUACAUACACACAAAAGCAAAGCUUUGCAAAAUCCUUUGACUACAACCCAACAAGCGGUACAGAGCGGUAGAAAACUACCGAAUAGCAGCAAAGCUAAUGGCCCACCACAGUACACAUCUGCAGUGCCAGCGAAUUUGGUUGAUGUUACCCAAAAUGUAGUGGGCGAUGAUGUGAAAGAAUUGGAAGCAUUGCUGGUCGAAUACGCUGAGAGUUUCUUCAACAAAGCACAAUUCGCACCUUCUACUGAGCUGGUUAAUGCGCUGCAAAGAAAUCAUACCAGCCCUGAUGGGUUGCCGCUUGCAGGAGGCGUGUAUAAAAAGCGUCCAACACGGCAUGCCAGCGCCAGUCCGCACUACCACCACCACCAACACCACCAACACCACCACCAUGAGUAUCAGCAUCAUCUCCCUUUGGCGGGAAUAAUACGCAAGGCAGAUGGCGAUGUGAGUGUAAAUAUUCCUCGUGCUAUGGAAUCCGGACGGCUGCUCUUCUUUGCAGGCUUGAAGAAGGCGCUUUGGCCAAUUUUCAUGGGUUUGCAGGUAUUGAAAUCGCUGCUGUUCGCGUUGUUCCUUCCGACAUUGAUUGGAUCGUUUGGCAAACUACUGGGCAAAGGCAUUGUCUCCGGCUCUGCACCACUUUUUAUACGCCCAGCUGAUGCGCCCCAAGACCUUGACUUCCGCGACAAUACAAUCAAUUUCGAUGAUGAUAAAUUUGCAGUGGUCGACGAGGGUACCAAAGAAGAAGGCUAUGCUUACAAUCAAGCAGAAGCUUCGCAAACUCACUACACCUACAAUCCGGCAGGCGGCAUAAAUCGCAUUGAACAGCAGAAUAAAAUGCCAGAUACUUAUUUAAGUGCGAUACAGACAAUCGGCUCCGCGUCAUUCAAAAAUUCUGGUUCACUUUCUGGUAGCUUAUCUGGCGGCGGUUUGGGCGGUGGUGGUGGUCUUGGCGCGCCAUUACGCACGAAGCCGAUUGCGCCAGCCAACACUAACACUUUCCAGACCUUCCAAAAGGUGCCCACUUCAUCGUUGCUUCUCUCCAACUAUGAUCCCUUCUACAGUCCGCUGCUAUCGCGUUUGGAUUCAGUAUUUGCUCAACUGAAAUUGAAUUCGGAUAAUGAGAAUUGUCGUGAGAAAUUGAUUUGUUUGAUGUAUGCGAAUCCGGCCAAAUAUGCACCGUAUAGUAAUUUGGUGUCGGCGCAGUUAUCGCGCGAACUAAACGAGCUGCGUAAGCCAACUUCCGACAAUCCGGAUAUUUUACGCUUUUUCAAGUAUAUGCGCGCCGCCAAGGAUGGGCAAGAUGGAGUUGAUUGUGAGAAAUCGUUUGAUCGAUGCACAGAAUUUAAGGACUUUGAGAAUCCGGCAAUGGUUUCGACAUAUCAUGACAUUAACAAAUUGGUGCAGGCACGCAAGUUGACGUAGAUGAAUUUGGAUGGUGACAAAAGGAUUGAAAGGCGAACGAAAGCGCAAAACGUGCCCCAAGCUCAUGUAAAUUAAGUGCAAAAGGAUACACUGAUUGGCGUAGAUGGACAAAUACAAAAAGAGCAAAAGGCCGGCAAAGCUCUGAUUUCGUUCUGUAAAUAUUAAGUUGAGUUUUUAGAUUAAUUAAUUAAUUUUUUUUUUUCAUUUCUAUUUUGUAUAAAUAACUAGUAUGGCAGUAUAUAUGUGUGUAUUUGAAUAUUUAUUCGUUUACUUAAUUAUUUAUUUAUUUAUUUACUGUAGUUAGUAAGAAGAUUAGAAUCCUAAAACUAAACAGGUGAGCGCUAGCUGCAUAGGCUUGAAUAUUGUUUGAAAAAUAACCUAAAGUCAUAAGUUAAAUAUUUUCUUUCAAACAAGUUUUUAGUCUUUUUAAGUAUACCUUCUUUCUAAGUCUGCCCAAGCUUCGUCAGGAAAUACCAAUAAUCUGAUUAUACACCUGCCGUGGGAAAAAUUUUGCGGUACUGAAAAAAAAAGUUCGCUUUUGGGAGGUAU